GUGACAUUUAUUUGUCUGCCCUGCGCGCGGGUUUUCUUUUUGGCGGGGAGAGAGUUGUGUCAUUUUAUUUUAAUUUGUAAAUUGUAAUUUCACUGUUUUACAGAAGUUGAGGUUCUCUUUUGAUUAAAGUAUUUAAAAAUCAAAAACACUGUAACAAUCAGUUCAAAAUUGCCUGGUCAACAGGUCGCCAAACCAAACCAAGAGGCCGUGAAGUUGCGUUGUUCAUCUCAAUCUUGAUCUUGAUCUUGAUCUCAAUCUGAUCAUUUGCACAAAGAUCUGCACAGUCCGCAUUCGGCAUUCUGCAUCAUCCUAGCUGUUACAGAGGCUGGUCAGAUAAGGUACCAACUGAUAAAUGUAUAUGCAUGUGUGUACUGUGUAGUGUGUGUGGCCAACCAGAUCCUUGAACCAGAUAAGGCAUCUAUCAUCUCACACCCGCACUGCAGCACUGAGGCAGAGUACCUAUAGCUGUCAUGAAGGCAAAGCGCCACGUUGUUUGACCCAAGUUGCUGCUCCUACAGGUAGUGAUAAUGAGCUCUCCAUCCAAGGGUGAAUGGCUGAAGCCUGGAGAUGUCCUGCAGAAGUUGAAAGCAAAGAAGAGAGCUCUGAAAGCCAGAAUUAACCAGGGAAUCAGAAAGCAGGCUCUUGAAUCAAGCCAACUCUCAUGUUUUAAAGGCACUAGUCAGAAACGGACAAAUCCUUUCAGGUGCGGCGGCGAUGACGGCAACGCCAAACGGCCGCGGCUGGCUCCGGCCGCCGCCGCGCCAGAGCCGUCCAUGGAUCAGACGCUGUUCGAGAUCCUGCGCUCGGGCGUGGGCGACGUGCGCACGGAGGUCGGCGCACGGGCGGCCCCGGCGCCGGCCGCCGGUCCCGCGACCGGACCCGCCAGGUCGGCCUCGUUCGUUGGUCUGUUGUCCGCCACUGCCACUCAGAAGCAGCAGGAGCCGCAGGUCGAUGUAUCCCCCAAAGGCGUACCAGACCUGCCCACUGACUGGGGACUGAAGACGAAAAUUCGCUUCCUCUCAAAAACGCCCUUUCCGUGGACUAGUCGAUUGAAGACACUGGAGGAGGCGUCGGCGGUGACCAGCUGUGUGCGCUGCCUGUCCACGGAGCAGAGCGGCCUGGACACCUCGCCGAACGCCCGGCUGCACCGUCACGCGCUCUACUGGCAGCACCCGUGGCUGCCGUGGCUGCAGCUGUUUCCGCGGCUCAACCGGCGCCCGACCGGGCCGCGCAGUCUGUUCGUCGACCCGGCCAUGCAGGACCUCCUGCGGACAGAGUGGGGCGAGAGUCUGCGCUCGCUGUUCCAGCUGUUGCGCAGCCGGCAGUGUCCGUUCUUCUACGUGUGCGCCAGCUCGUUCUGCUGUCUGUUCCGGUCGGCCGGCGUGGGCGGCAUCACUGACACACACGCCAUCAUCACACCGACCAGCCGAGGGCUCAGAGACCUGCUCAAAAGGGACGACGUGCAAUUUACCCUGCCGCUGCGCCCGGGCGCGCCCCGGCCUCCCACCUCCGCCCCCGAGUCCGCCACCUCCGCCCCGGGGUUUGCCGGCGGCUCCGCUGCGGACGCCGUCUCCGGCUCGCCGCCGCCCGCGGCCAGUCCCGGCGAGGGUCAGACGGAGCCGUCCUCCCCCGCUGCCGGGGAGGACGUGCUGGAGGCCUCUGAGGACGAGGAUGAGGACGCCGAACACUGGCUGGAGAGGAUGGGCAUUCAGGCAGACGCCAUGCCCGGCAUGCACUCGACGCGACGGAAACUUCAGCAGGAGUCCAACUCGGACGGCCGGCCCGAGUCGACGGCGCUCGUCACCGGUGGCGACGUGUACGCGCUGCUCAACUUCCUGCUCAACUCUCGCGCCUGUGUGGCGGCCAGCGGGCCUCUGGCCGGCGUGCCGCCCACCCUACUGGCCCCUGUCGGCUUCCAGGGCGCCUCGCUGCAGCCGCUGAAGGUGCGGCACGGCACCGUGCAGCAGGCGCGGCAGACGCUCCACUCGUUCGAGCUGGCCGGACCGGUGAUGCCGCACGCCGUGGCCGGCCUGGUGCGGCUGGUGCGCUCCUCGCACGACCAGUUCACCGUCUCUCUGGCCGGUGUGCGCGGCGGCGAGGCGCUGUCGCGUCUGCCGGCGCCGGGCCCGCUGGCGGCGCCGUCUGUGUUCGGCCAGCAGGGUCUGUCCGACUGCGGCCUGGAGCCGGACCUGGUGGAGACGCUGUGCCAGCCGCCGCCGGCUGAGGGCGCCGCGCCGGCCGUGCUGCGGGAGGUCACCUGUCAGGAGGGCCUCUAUACGUGGUGACGGAGGCCAGCGCCGCCCUGGCGAGAGAUGCUGCCACCCGACGGCGGGCACGGAAGGUACUGAUCGUACACAGAGGGCGCUGCAAAAGCCGAGCAGCUCAGGACGUCUGUGGAGUGUGGACUGUCAGCUGUGUAGCCGUGACUGAUUGUAAAGCUGGUCAGCUGCAGGGCAGCCUGCGACCGUCGGGUGCGAUCGCGAGUGUGCAGCUGAAGCCAUCCGGUACAAAGCUCAAUGGAGAUCGUACCCAGUGAUAAAGCGGCCUGGCUACGCUGCGCUCAGAGCCGUCAUACUACUCAUACAGCGAACUCGGAGCAGUCUGAUGUGGCUGAUUUCACCUGAGUCUGUGGCCCGUGUUUGCACAGUAGGAGUGUUUCUAAUUGUGAUUCUUGUGUUAUUUAUACACAGUUGAGUCAGUGUCUGAACGCUAGAGCCUGCCGUACUGGCGAACUCUGUAUUCACUGUUGACUUUGCCGUUUGAUCGUGUUCAUCCGAUUAUGCAAUGUUUUAGUGUUCGUGAACAUUGUGUGUGUGAUAAUUUUAGCUCAUGGAUAUGCGAUGACUCAUCAUUGGACAUAGAAUCACCCCACCAAUACAUUUAUCGCCUUUGAUAA